CUACUCAAUACCUACUUGAUUAAUUCAUCUUUUACUUAUGCCACCUCAUAUAUAUUUCUGGGGGAAAAUACACUCAAACUCAACCGCAUCCAUAUCCACAUCUACAUCCACACAUCCACCCACUCACUCACUACAUUGAUGCAUGUGCAUCAUACUUACAGCAAAUAAUGAUACGGUAUUUUAUCUUCUUGUUCUUCCACGUUCCUUUAAUUUGAAUUGAGAGAAGAAGGAAAAAAAAAAGUGUACAGCCUUCUUUUUUCUCUCUUUGCAUUGCAUCGCAUCGCAUCGCAUCUUUUCAUCCCUUUUUCUAUUCUUAACAUAUACAUCCCGAUCCAUCUCUACAAUUCUUUUGGGCGUAUUGUGAUACGAACAAGGCAGGGGAAUAAUUCAACAGGUUGACCUUAUUCACGACCUCCUCGAGAAAAUUUCAAUAAAUAUCGACGUCGAUAUCUCCGAAUAGAAUACUUUUCUUCGCCUCUCAUUCUUUGCUUGUAUGCUUCUUUGAAUUUAAUGAUACCCUUUCUUCUCAAUACAUUGAGAAAGCAUCGCCUGUCUUCUUUUCUUCUUUUUCCCGAAUAACUGCUUGCUACACUACACAAUCAAUUCUACUCCGUACAGUCAUCUUACAAGCCUGCCGAACCAUUGAUGUGACCUUGUUGAAAACUUUAUACUGCUAUCCUUCUAGGGUGUUAUUCCUUUUCCGCAGAUUUUAUGGGAAAAUACUGGCUCAAAUUUACGAGAAGGAUGAUGGCACAAACGGAGCCAGAUUCGCCGGAAUCGAACAACCAUAGAAUAUCCUGGUUUCGAAAGCUCAUAUUUCCCAAGAAGGAUGAAAAUCAUACACCGCCGAGUUCUCCACCGAACGAAGCUCAACCGCCGGGAUUGGGUCGUCGACUUUCGAGAAGGGUUGUCCCUGGACUCCCAAGGGCAGGUACCUUUAAAAGACAACAAUCGGAGCUGAGAGAUAGAUUAGAACCAGUCAAGCCGAAUGCUGAUGAACGGCGGACAGCUUCAGUCGAUCGACGACUUAAUAACUCGCAUCGUUCCUCAUCAGCUGCUAUAAAUCAUGGACCAAGAACGAGCGCGCCUGAGUUUCUAGAAAGAGUGGAAACGAUCGAUAAGACGUUUGACAAUGUAUCCGUGCGACCACCUACGGCAACUACAAAUGAACAUGAGAACGAGUCUCAAGAGUAUGUAGAUGUUUCAAAGGAGGAGAAACAAGGCUCACAUAUCGAAGAGCAAUCAAUAUCUACAGAUACGUUCGAUGAAACAAUACUUGAGGAGCUGGAAAAGAAAUGGAUUCUGAAUCUGAGUAUGCAUUUUCGCGAUAAAUCUAAAAGAGAAAAAUUCUUUGUCACUUACGCAGAAUCACCAACACACUGGCGGAGAGUUACGAUUUCCUUGGAUUAUAGAAAUGCGCCGAGUAGUUCAUUGGAGGAAGAACUACAAAGGACAAGGUUCCAAAGAGACAAAAGUGCGCGCAUAUAUGAGGCUAUCCGGGAAUCACUCCAGGACAUACAAUUUUACGAUACUGUGACAAAUCUCAAGUUAGAAACACAGGAUGAACGACUUCAUGUUCACGUUGUGGAAGAUCUCUCCGAGGUUAUUAAUUUUCCUCCUACAAAGGCACUCAAUCACCUUCCAUGUCGCAGAUUUCUAGAAGCGGAGCUUGAAUUUGAUUCUCAUCUAUCUGGUUUCGUCUACAAGGUUACAGUGGCUGGCCAAGUGUUUAUCAAAAAGGAAAUUCCAGGACCGGAUCAAGUGGAUGAAUUUUUGUAUGAGAUUAAUGCCCUUCAUCAACUUUCUGGAUCUCAUAGUGUGAUUCAAUUUGGUGGCGUGGUACUUGAUAAUGAAGCAAAAUGCGUGAAAGGACUUCUUAUUAGCUUCGCUGAACAGGGCGCAUUGAUUGAUGUUAUUUAUGAUGGUGACAAUGGGAUUCCUUGGGCACGACGGGAACGUUGGGCUAAACAAAUUGUUCAUGGACUUUCCGAGAUUCACGAGGCGGGUUUUGUUCAAGGAGAUUUCACACUGUCGAAUAUUGUCAUAGAUGGGGAUGAUAAUGCAAAGAUAAUCGAUAUCAACCGCAGAGGUUGCCCAGUUGGAUGGGAGCCUCCGGAAGUCGCGGCGUUGAUAGAAAGCAACCAGAGAAUUUCGAUGUAUAUAGGCGUCAAAUCCGAUUUAUAUCAACUUGGAAUGGUUCUCUACGCCUUGGCCACUCAACACGAUGAACCGGAAACUCAGAGACCGUUGAAAUUAUCAGAUUUUCCUCCUGAUGUGCCGGACUAUUUCCUGGAAGUUUGCGGUCGUUGUCUUAGCGAUGAUCCACGAAAUCGAUCACAAGCUGCUGCUUUGCUAGACUAUUUCCCACAUAUUGAUGAGUAUCAUAGUGUAUAUGAUGAUCAAUUACCAACUCCAAUUGUGAUUGAUGUCAGGCAUGCUGAUGAAGGGGAACUGUUGGUCACCGUUCAUGAUAACAACGAUAGGCGAGAUAGCAUCUCUGAUAUACAUGACUACGAUGUACCGGAAAGGGGUCGAUCACGAUCUAAACCUUAUUCACCACCAUUCAUCUCACCCAGAUCACCAGAUGCGGCGAUUACAUACUUGAAUACACAGGAUAUCAGGCCAUCACAAAUCCAAUUGCCCUCAUCCACUUCCGGAUCUGAUAAUACGCAUGAUCCAAUCGAGCAACAUUACAAUUACCAAAAUACUUCGACCAUAGAAAAUUCCACCCUAGAAACUCGACAGGAGCAACAUUCCGAUCGUCCUUCAUAUUCAGAAAAUGAUAAAACAGACAUUCAAACCGAUUCAACGACAGAACCGCGAAACACAGUAGCGACAAAUAAUUUAUCAAUGGCAUUUGCGGGGGAUUUAGCACACAUUGGAACAGGUGUUGAUAGUGCACAUAUGGGAACACUUUUUGGAGCGGUCAAUUUAGAUGAUGAUGAUUUAACGAUAGAUAAUGAUGGGAAUGGUGUUUUAUUUAUGACGUCGGAGGAAAAGAUGGCGGUUGCAUAG